GAUUAUCACAAAAACAAGAACAAAAAGAGAGCCUAAUUCUCAUUUACAGAAAGGCCACUUGACAUUGCUCUGAUGAUGUAAAAGGUCCUUAAAGUAAAAAAUAGAUUAUAUUUAUACUCACUUUCUUCAAGCCUCCUUUGCAUGACUACAGCAGUUUAAAGUGGCCUGGGUAUAAAUGAAAAUAAGUCCUUAAGGACAAAGAGGAAGAAUUUUCUUAACUAAAGAGUAUAGGCCUUAUUCUCAUUUACACAAGGGCCCCUUUAAUCCACUCUGGUACUAUAAAGUGCCCUAAAAUUAGGUAUAAAUGUACAUUGAUAUUAAGGCCAUUUUAUAUUGCCAUAGUGGGAUAAAUGGACCCUGCCAGGCCCAUAUUUUUUCCUGAACCAAUGGAAACCAAACACGGAAGUACAGAGAAGUCCUUUUACGUGAGAAAUUUAAGAACUUGUUGAAAGAAUAAGCAUUAGAAGUAGACAAAUAAUUUUCAACAAAUAAUAUUUUGCAAAUUUUUGCCUGUGGAAUGCUACUUAGAUUUUCUGCACCCAGAGCCUACCAAUGCACACACACUCAUGGCUUAUUGCUUUGGUGUGGGCUAGUGACAUCUGAAUGUGGUUCAGAAAGCUGAAAAAUAUUAACUGUUUUCUCUUCUUUUCUGUUGGUCUCUUUUUGGUUCAUUCUAACACUUCUGAAAAUCACUUACUCCCCCUUCCUAGCAUCCCAGCUCUGAACUAGUUGCCUCUGCUAUUAGUCGGUCAGCAGUUAGUUUUCACCUGUGUUAUGGAGCCACAUGGUUUAAUGAAGACAAACACUUCUCAUACAUAGUACAAGUGGGAAACAAUAUUUAGCAAGUUUAAAGAGUAAGGUAAUUCUAUAUUAUUUGUUAACGUGAUCUGCAAUUUUGUUUUUACAUCUUAACAUCAGCAGUUGUUAUCCUGCCUGCUUACAGCAAAGGGUAUUCUGAAGUGAAAAUCAACAUGCACAGUACAUUUUAAUGGCCAGGGCAAAAUGAACACUUCUACUAGUGAACUGGAGAUGGAGACACAGACAACAACAUAUUACUAUGAACAGGAUGAUGCAGCACCAUGUUCAAAUGACGUCAAACAAUUUGCAUCCCAGUUUCUGCCACCGCUGUACUCCUUGGUGCUGAUAUUUGGCCUGGUGGGCAAUGCACUAGUUGUGCUGAUCCUGAUAAAAUACAAGAGGCUGAGAAGCAUGACUGACAUCUAUCUGCUGAAUCUGGCAAUUUCCGAUUUGCUUUUUAUUCUUUCCCUGCCAUUUUGGGCUUACUACGCAGGACAUGAGUGGGAUUUUGGAAAUGCAAUGUGUAAAAUUCUUUCAGGGGUCUAUUAUGCUGGCUUCUACAGCGGAAUGUUUUUCAUAAUACUUUUGACAAUAGAUAGAUAUCUGGCCAUUGUCCAUGCAGUGUUUGCUUUAAAAGCUAGGACAGUUACCUAUGGCAUCCUCACAAGUGUUGUCGUUUGGGGUGUUGCAAUAUUAGCCUCUCUUCCAGGGUUAAUAUUCCAUAGUGUUCAAAAGGAAGGUCUUCAAUGGACUUGCAGCUCUCAUUAUCCAUCAAAUUAUGAAAAAGAAUGGAAGCAAUUCCUGAUUUUAAAGAUGAACAUCCUGGGACUUGUCAUUCCAUUUGUCAUUAUGAUCUUCUGCUACAUAGAAAUUAUAAAAAUAUUACUGAGACGUAGGAAUGAGAAAAAACACAAGGCAGUCAGACUUAUUUUUAUCCUAAUGAUUGUUUAUUUUCUCUUCUGGGCACCAUACAACAUCAUUGUUCUCCUGUACACUUUUCAAGAUUCAUUUUCCCUAAAUAACUGUAAGAGCAGCAGUCAGUUGGAGUUAGCAAUCCAAGUGACAGAAGCGAUUGCAAUGUUCCACUCUUGUGUCAACCCCGUGAUCUAUGCCUUUGCUGGUGAAAAAUUUCGGAAAUAUCUUUAUACCUUUUUCCAAAAAGACAUUGCAAUCUACCUCUGCAAACCGUGUCCAGCUCUUCAUGGUGAUAAAUUAGAACGGGUUAGCUCCACAUACACGCCAUCCACUGCAGAGCAUGAUAUCUCCAUUGGUUUGUAAAGUGCAUUUGAAAUGUAGCCAGUAAAAGUUUCAUCCUCCUUUUAACUUAAAAUGUUGUGGAAUGAAUCAGUUUUUUUAUGGUGUUUGCCCUUAAGAACUGUACAGUUACCAGUCCCAGUAGCUAUUUUUUUUUUGUGGCAUUGCAGCAUUUUUCUGUGUGGCAUUGUGGCAUUCUCAUUCUCUGUGCAGUGAAUGCUACCAACUCCACAGGAAUUCUAAAUACUGCUGUUCGAUAAGCAUCCACUUCAACAUGGAAUCCAAUAUAAUAAGGGUUUGUUCUCUGGAUGUUGGCCAAUGAACAAAGUGUCAGUGUGAUUUCCUCAGGAAAUAUAAUUCAGAAGAUGGUGCGAAGAGGGCAGAGAAUGAGGUAUGUCCUCUUUCAAGAACCAGUUCCUAUAUGCAAAGACCACAAGGAAAACUCUGGGAGGAAGGCAACUAUAGGAGAGUGUCUUGGUUAUUUAUAUGGGGCUUGAUGUGCCUUGUUUUACUUCGACCCUUUUCAUUCAUGGGAAUUGAUGACAAAAACAGCUUUGCAACAAAAUAAGAAUAAAAGGAUCUAAAAUUACCAGGAAUUUUAAAAGUUAGUGUUUUUUUCAUAAUAUAAUCAACUACCUAUAUGGCAGGGGGAGGUUAAUGUACAGCUAUGCUUCUACCCUAUUUUUCCCACAGGGCACGAAGCCUUCUUAAAUUGCCAUGAAAAAGAGUGUUUGGAUAAACAGGGGAAUAAAAGAUUGUGCACAUUUCUGUUGAGGGAUAUGACCGACCUUCUGUUAACCAGAAUUGCAGCAAACAGGUCUAUUCUAUUAACCAGUGACUAUCUCUUUAAAAUAAUCCUUUCCCCUUGACUAUUGAGUUACAUUAAAUUAUUUAGAAUUCAGUUUUAUGCAUGUAAUUAAAACAUUCAAUUACUUAUACCUUUAAGGGCUAACUUUCUUUAAAGGGGCUGUGACAGAGUGUGAAUAAUCUUAGGCUGACUCACCACUUAGUAAGCAUCCUUACAUGGGGCAAAUUAGGGAAACAAUUGGCUAAAGACUAAAUGAUUAACCAGUUAACCAGGUGGCUCAUCUCAUCAGCUGAGGACAGCUAAAAGAGAGAUAGGAAGAGAGGAGAGGGGUAGGCUGCAAGGGAAGACCUGAGAAGCCAAGAGUCUCAAAAAGGUAAGAAAGAUCUCUUCUCCCCACACCACCCUAUGCCUAGGAGUGUAGUAGAGAGAGAGACCCUGGAGCACAGGGCCUGGUGCAAGACCUGAGGCCUGAACCACAGUUAGCAAAGGCAGGCAAUGCUAUGAGCCAAAGUCAAGCCCUGUCAUAAAGCAAAUGCCUGCUUACAAAUUCACUGUCCAGUACCUGAACUUGGCAAAAACAUGGCUGGCAUUGCUAAAACACAGAUGCUCCUAAGAAGUACUGGGCACUAAGUAUUCAUGUAAACACAUCCCAGAAGGCUAGUACAGGUAUACCCCAAUGUAGAGUUAUGGUAUAAACAAAAUCCUGGGAGAUGGUACAGGAACACACCGACCCACAGUAAAGACAAGGAUAGGAGGACAGAACGAUGGGUGGAGAUGUUUUGUUUGAACCAGAAGGUACAAGGGGUAGUGUCGGUAACAUGUUGGCAAUACAUCUGGAGUGUAAUAAGAGUGUAAUAUGUAAUUGAUAUGUAUCAAAGAGAAAUCAAAGAAGGGGCACCUUUGUCCAGUCGAGGGAGCAGCAGAAAGUCCUGCUGCUGACUCAUCUGAGUCCAUUGUCACGGGCAUACAUGUGUUAGCGUACCUGUAGACAUGGAUCCAGGGAGCUACACCCAUGCUUCGUAGGCAAUAAACCUGGCCGAGUGCCUUUGCCCCCGAA